AUGACAGAGUUGCAGAAGACCUUCGAUGAGGUGGAUCCCAAAGGCCUUCCAGAGCCAGAACUUGAUGAGGAUCUCCACUCGACUGCUGAGGUAUUACCGCCACCAAGCGAAUCAACCCCCCUGGCAGUGAAGUACGCUUCGGAGGCGGCAGUGAAGGACGCUUCGGAGUAUGACAUUGGAAGUCUUCCUGUGGCAAGCCCAAUCCAGGAACCCUUCGAAAGGAUAAAGAACCUUGGCAAAAAGUUUAUAACUGCUGUAAUGGAAAAGCGUGUGCUUCCAUACCCGGUGCCAACUGACAAUGAAGGCUUACAGGAAACCUUGAAGGAAAUGCAGAUGAGCGCAAGACGGUUACGAGCCAAAUUGGACCAGGCCUCUGAGGCAGCGGUACGCAUGUUCUUCCAAACCUUUUCUCCAGUGACUGUCGUGAAAGAAUUCACCGAAGAGGAUUUCAGGUACUGGUGUGACGCUUAUGUUAAUUUUCUAUCUAGUCAGCCUAUUCUUGGCGAAACAGCUAGCAAGGCGGAGCGGCAGGAUUUUGCGUUGCGAAAUAUUCUUCUUUCCACCAUCUUCCGUGCUGCGGAGAGACGCGUAGACCUUGCGACUACACUUGAUGAGUUGUCAGCCCGAAAUCAAUUUCCUGCACUCUUUAUGAAUCCUGAGUUGUUACCACACCAAGUGGCUCGGAGAUGCAGUGAGGGAGAUGUUACGUUCGAGCAAUUCACUAGACGGCUAAAAGCGCUUGGAGCUGUGGGAGUGGCCCAACAGGGCGAUUCAGGUCCGACAGUUCCCUUAGGAAUAGCUUACGAUUUGGCCGACGCGGCGGCCUUCAAAAAACACUACGAAGAAUCCAACCUGGAUGUUUACCAACUAUUCGAGAGGUUUCUUGCAUCUGCGGAAGAGGCGAAGAUCGGAAGAAACGACGAGGGAAAAAGCCGCGUAGAAAAUAUGGAUUUUCCCGAAAGCGAAGUUCCGUUCCCGCUUGCCGGCUUUGCUGAGGCUCUGGAACGAGCGAAGCUAGUAGCAGAAGCGGAUCGUUUGCCGUUAUCUGAAAUUUUGAACCUGAGGGCUCGAUGGAAUGCCGGAACAGUAUCCAGUGCAGCUAUGGAUGUUAAAUUUUCGCACGAGGGGAUGGUUUACAAUGGAAUGGAUGUAAAGUAUUCUGCUUUGAGGCGUUGGGGUUUCUCGGAAGACAAGGACACCAUAGUAGCCCAUUUGUUCACGGUCGCAGUCUUCCUGUUGUAA